AUGAUUCGACCAAUGUACGAAAAUGAAGCAAUUGAAAUGUCGAGUUUUGACGAUAUCACCGGUGCCUCAAACAGGACCUCAACAACAACUGCAUUUACAACAAUAGUAACAAUAUCGUCGUCGUCUUCGACAACAGUCCCAUCGUCCAUGUUAACAAUUACAACAAACACUUCUACUUCUACAAUGACUGCUACAGCAACGAUUCCGUCGAUGACAUCGGUGACUCCAAUGAUCACUUCCAUGACUCCGACUCAACCAUCAGUUUUGAAAGAAAAUUCAUCGAUAAUGGUGUAA